AUGGGCACCAUGGAAGAACAACAUCGCACUAGUAGCAGCAACUGUGGUGGUAGUGAUACAAGUAGUCGAGGAGUCAGCAGUCCCACCGCGUCGCCUACUCGUCGACACCGCAACAAGGCAUCGAUGGAUGUGUAUCCUUUUGCUGUGGUAGUAGUCACCUUUCCGGAUGAAGGUGCCGCGCGAGUGGCCACGACGGGCCCACUACAAGAGUUGCAAGAGACGUAUCCCACUACUAAAUUCUUGGCCACAUGUGAUCCUCUUGGGUGUCGAUGUGGCAGUGGUGGAGGAACCUUGGCGGCGUUGGAGGCGAGUGGAGACGAUCCGGAUGCGACCAUUUUGAUUCUGCAUGCCGGUGGCGACUCCUCGCGGUGUUUUACGCAAAUGGCGCUGGGAAAGGCAUGGACCAAUCUGCCUCUGCUGGACGACCGUUUGGGAAAGGAAAUUUUGAGCAACCCCAUUCUGUUGUGCAUGGAUUCCGUUGCACGCAUUUUUUCCCAAUCGCAUCGAUUGCCCAAAGGAUCCGUCGUCAUUGCUGCCUCGGAUUGUCUACUCAGCAUCCCACAUUACUACAAAAAGGGAAAAAGUACCAGAGAAUUGGGAACUAGUCUCAAUAUGAAUGGCAAUGGUAAUAAUGGUGGUGAUGAUGAUCAGCAUCCCAAGCUUCCAGAUGUUCUAGGGGUGGCUUUCCCAGCCGCCUGGGAGACGGCCAAAAAUCAUGGAGUCUACGUCCUCGCAGAACCGCCAGCCUGUUCUACACUGGAAGAAGCCAAUCAACGAGAAUGUGAAGUUCCCAUUCGUCGUGUAUUUCAAAAACCGUCAAUAGAAACAUUGCAAGCGCAACCGUUUGUUACUUUUGGCAACGUGCCAACGGAUGCUACUGGGUUGGCUUGGAUUGACAAUGGCAUUAUUGCCUUUUUGCCCAAAGCAGCUAGGACUUUGUAUGAUCUGGCUCGUGGAAUUUUGAAAACAACCACCAAACCUGGGCUCUUGGCAGCCAUGAAAGAACAGGAAGAAAAAGGCAACAAAGUAGUAUCGUACCAAGACUUGACGCAAAAAGUUGACCUGUAUACGCACUUUUUACAGGCUCUGACCAUUGUGGGAGAACCAGGACAAGAACUCUCACAAGAGCAACAUCGUGCAAAUUACCUGAAAGAUCAUGCAUCAGAUUUGGACCAGACAGUGGCCAAUGGUAUCUUUGACGCAUUGUCGCCCUUUCAAUUCCAGGCUCUAGCUGUCCCAGAAGGCAAAUUCUUGCAUCUUGGCACAACACGGGAGUUGAUUGACUUUUAUGUCCACGGAUGCAAGACCACCAAACAUCAUCAUCAUCAAACAGCAGAAGAACAACAGUCAGUACAACAAUCCGCCGCCAAACCGACACGUCACGAGCUGUACACUCAAAAUUGCACCUUUUUCGGCCAAGAACUUGGAUUGAUUCGAAGGUUGGAUCUUUUUAUCAAGUGGAAAGACUCCCAAGGCAGCAAUAGCAACAACAAGAAUGAUUGUAUUUCCAAAAAUUGCAUCAUUAUGGGAAGUGUUUUGGAGGGCAGUUCAGUGUCGUCCAUCGGAGAAGGCAGCGUGAUUGAGUUCUGCAAUUUGGACUCUUCCGCUAAUCCAGGGCUAUCCAUUCAGAUUGGAAAAGAUUGUCUUGUCAGCGGCCUCAGACAUUUAGAGGGCAGUCCUAUUAUGGCUGACUCGACAUUUCGGAUCCCCAGUGAGACCUGCAUGCAAAUGAUGCCGGUGGUGCCGUCGGAAGAUGCCAACGUCGAGUCAUCAUCGUUUGUUGUCAUGGCACUGGGAGUGAACGAUCCCAUCAAAAACAAUCUGGCUGAAUCCACGUUGUUUGGAGUAGAGAUGGAAGUGUUCCUAAACUGGGCCAAUCUCACUCCAGACGACAUAUGGCCAGCAGAUGAAAAGAGAACUGUUUGGAAUGCCAAGCUGCAUCCAGUCAUCUCCUCCAACACCAAAAAAAGCUUCAGUUCCGUUUGGGAAUGGGUGAACCAUUUGCCCAACAACUCUCAGGAUACCCUACCUGAGACUGCCAAGGCAAGUUUGCAAAGUUGGAAGGAGACAACGAGGUUAUCAUUGAGACAAAUGCGAAACCAAUCAGACGCUGACAAGGAAUUUCAGUAUCGGCGCGACCUUGUUAACAAAGUAGUGCCUCAAAAGAGGCAACAACAUUGCCAGUCUAUCAUUGAUAUUCUCUGGGGGAGGCAACAUGAUGAAUGUAACUUUUAUCCGCUGCUGGCGGAUACAUUGAAAGUGGAAAAAGAAGACAGCACCAUGCAGUUUGUCAGCUCUCCAGCCACUGAGGCUGUGCGCAGUUUGGACGAUGUAAUUUCGGGAGCACUGCUUGAUCAACACCAUUAUGAUGUCUGUGGCCGAACUCUCAUGGUCCAAAGUGCGCUGUUGGCUAACCUGGCCGAAGCGACUUUCCGAGAGGGUGCGAUUGAAGAGAACGAAAAGGCCAUGAUCACUGCCGAAAUUCGCAAACAUUGCAACACGUUUCUCGAAGUGAUUCAAUCUCACAAUGCUUCUGGUGCGGAUCGGGAAAAGGCAUACACCGAAGUUGUUGCAAUUCGCAAGAAAUUCAUCAAAGCGAAUGAAGGAGCGAUUGGAGUGAAGACAGUCUUGAAAGAGUUCUCGGAUAUCAUGGAAGAGAUUGCAAGAAUAAUGACUGCAAUCUGCGUUUCUGGGUUUCUCAACGACAACGCGGCACUCAAGGGCAAUUCCGACAGACUGCCUCCAGUGGUUGGCCAGUGGGUUAUUGCAACUUCUCCAGCCCGUGUGGACUUGUCUGGUGGAUGGAGCGAUACGCCUCCAAUCUGCUAUGAAUUUGGGAGUGCUGUCACUGGCAUUGCCGUCACCGUUGACAAAAAGAAGCCCCUCAGCUCCCGAUGUCGCAUCGUUCCUCGCGAGGCCUCGAGUGAUUCCGCUCCCAUCAUUCUUGUACGCUCUGAAUUGCGCGAUAGUAGGAAAUGCGACCUUGUCUCUUCCAUCGACACGGAGAUUCGUGAGAUGAAGGAUUUGAAAGAUGCCCGCGACCCUAGUGCAAGUGGUGCAUUGGUAAAGUGUGCCUUGGUAUGUCUGGGCCUGAUUUCGUUAGAACAGCUGCAGGCUUCCCAAGGUGAAGCCGACGCUCCGAGUUUACAGGACCGUGUCAAUGAGUUCUGUCAGAGUCACAACGGCGACGUAGUCAUGGAGAUUGCUGUCACGUCUCUCCUCCCUCAAGGAUCAGGAAUGGGUACGAGCUCGAUCCUUGGUGGUUGUGUCCUUGCGGCUGUUGGGCAGUGCGUUGGUAUCAAGCACACAACCACCGGUGAUGAAAGCGAUAGCUCAGGCAACAUCAUCGAUUCAGUUUCGGCGUUGGAACAAAUCUUAAGCACUGGAGGUGGUUUUCAGGACCAGGUCAACGGCCUGAUCGGUGGUGCAAAGAUUGUUUCGACCAAGCCAUGUGAGUUGCCAAUUCGGCUUUCCAUUCAACAAGUAGAAGUUGCUCCUUCCGUCCAAAAGAAUCUGGACGAUCGCUUGCUCUUGGCCUUCACUGGCAAGACACGAUUGGCAGCGAACAUCUUGCAAAAUGUAUUGAGACGAUUCGCGCUACGCACCCCCGAAAUUGUAGAUUGCGCCAAUCGUCUGGUCGAUGGGGCACACAAAGCGAGAGAUGCGCUACAAAAGGGCGACAUUGACGCUGUGGCUGAGUGUCUACAUAGCUACUGGAAACAGAAAAAGCACAUGGCAGGCGAUGACGUCGGAGUGGAACCAGAGGCUGUUCGUCUCAUCAUGGAGGAGCUGAAACAACAGGGCCUCAUUUCUGGAGCUUCUCUCUGUGGAGCUGGUGGCGGUGGCUUUCUAGUGAUGAUAGCCUCUGCUGAUGCUGAAACUUCAAAGAUUGACUCGGCUGUUCAGCAGUGCUUGGGGUGUAGUAGUGAUCCUGACAGUGCCUCGGCAUUCUCUUGGCAUGAAUGCAACAUCUCGAAUGUCGGUCUAAUAACGACGGUCCUCUCAUCAGAGGAAACCGGCAUGGUGGCAGACUUUGAAGCAUCUUGGCAUUCGUGCUAG